AUGCGUGCUGCCGCUGUUAUCGCUAUCUUCGCUGCCACCGCCAUGGCCCAGACUGGCGGCACUGCCUCUCCCACCAACGGCACCAGCACCACCGGCACUGGCAAGCCCACCUCUGCUCCCACCUCCGGAGCCAACUCCCUGUCUCAGAACAUCCUCCUCGGUUGUGUCGACAUCUUGGAAGCAACAUCUUUUACCACUACGACAGAGAUGGCUGCUCAGGAUGUAAGAGUCAAUUCCCAGCCUUGA